AAAAGGGAAAUGGGAAACGGGACAGUGUUAGGCUCGUACUGCCGUAAAAAGAACUGUAACCUCCGUGCGUGAUGAUGAAACCCCGUCGUCACGCCCAAAGCCCAUCGGUAACAUAAAAGCCGAAGCUGCUGCUGAUGCGGAUGAUGAUCCAGGAGAGGAAACAAGCCAAGCUCGUGACUGUGCUCAAAGCCAAUUCAACCAGCUUCCUCCCACUCUUGUUCUUCCUAGGGCUUUUGUGACCGUGAAAACCACAUCACGUCAUCGUGGUGCGUGAGCUCCUGUCGCAGUAUACGGUGGGAAAUAUAUUGCUCACCAUCUUAGUGAAAGUUGGUAACAAGGACAACAAAAGACCAGCCAUAACGACGACAAGAGAGAGAGAGAGAGAAGAGGGGUUCGACGGGUCUGACCAGUGGAACACCAUAUGAUGGCCUAGGGAAAAGGAAGAUGGACAUAUAGCAGUGGGGUGGAUGUGGCCGAGAGAGAGAGAGAGAGAGAGAGAGAGAGAGAGAAUAAAAAAGGACUGAUCUAUUUGAGCAGAUCUAGGAGCUACCUAUCCUCUCACGAAUCUCUCCUCUGUGAUAAAAAAGCAGGGAAGCACGGGAGAGAAGUCGAGAGAGCAAGCUAUGCAGGGCGCAGUGGCAGCAGACGAUGGCGUCCCAGCGGAAUUGGGGUGGGUAGGAUUAGGAAGGUUGUCGUCGUCGAUGCAAAUGGGGUCAACCAGUGGCUAGAAGCUGCGACCAUUUGAACCACAAGCGAGAGGAGGAGGAGGAUGCGAGAGAAAGAAAGAAAGAAAGCGUCUUUAUAUUUAGUGAAGAUAUUGCUAUAAGAGGCGAAGCGCAGGAGGAGCCGAGGAGGAGGAAGACGAGGAAGAGGGAGGAGGAGGAGGAGUACUCCUUUCAAUUUACUUCACUCAUGGACGCCUACGAGGCGACGAGGAUAGUGUUCUCCAGGAUCCAGAACCUGGACCCCAACAACGCUGCCAAGAUCAUGGGCCUGCUCCUGCUGCAGGAACACGGGGAGAAGGAGAUGAUUCGCUUGGCCUUCGGCCCCGAGACCCAACUUCAUUCCGUGGUCUUGAAGGCUAGGAAGGAGAUCGGCCUCGUCUCCGUUCCGACCUCCUCUGCCCCCGGCACGCCUUCCGCCGCCGGCGCUCCUGCUUCCCCCUUCCUCCUCCGCCAAAACUCCGCCUCACGCCUGCUCUCUGGGGGCCUCCCGUCGCCGCUCGCCGUCUCCUCCCCGUCUUCAUGGGCUCCGCCUUCCGUGUUCUCCCGCUCCAACAGCGGUACCGGCCUCAAUGGGUCGUUGGACGAACUCCAGAACUCUGACGAGCUCAUUAGCCCCAGUAACGUGAGCGUCUCGCCCUUUUACGGCGGCGGCGGCGACCUCGUCGAUGAGUUCCACCUCCCCGACCAGCUAUCCUUUCUCGGGGACCCCGUCGCGGCCCUUGAUUCCAGUCACUCCGUUUCUAUCACCUCGAAACUCGGCGGCGACAUGUUCCACCCGGACAUCGAGUGCCGGAGCCCGAGCGGCAACGGCGAUGGUGCCCUCUUCCCUUACGGUAUGGGCUGGGGUGUCAACGGUUACCACCACCGGCGGAGCUGCUCCGCCGCUGACCUCUGCCUCGGUGACCCGGCCGCCGGGUUCGGAUGGAAGCCGUGUCUCUACUUCGCGAGGGGCUACUGCAAGAACGGCACCGCGUGCAGAUUCCUCCACGGGCUCCCGGAGGAGGCUGCAGCGGCGGCUGCCGUGGUUGCUGGCACCAAGAUGGAUGGGGUGGUGGAGCAGCAGUUCCAGGAGCUGCUACUGAGGUCCAAGAGCCAAAGAAUAGGUAACGCUUCGCAGCUGAUGGCUUCUGCGUUCCCCUACUCCCCGACGGGCUCUGUGCCUCCAUCGCCGUCGUCAUCCUCGAGCAAAUGCCUCAGCUUCUUGCUCCAGCAGCAGCAGCAGCAGCAACAGCAGAAUGAGAGCCAAAGGGCGGCAGCUGCGGCAGCCGCAGCAGCGCUGAUGCUGGGCGGGGACGAGGCCCACAAGUUCAUGGGUAGAUCAAGAUUAGAAAGAAGCGAUUUGAUGGCAAAUCCUGGUUCGAGGCAGAUCUACUUAACCUUCCCAGCUGACAGCACCUUCAGGGAAGAGGAUGUCUCCAACUACUUCAGCAUCUACGGGCCGGUGCAAGACGUGAGGAUCCCCUACCAGCAGAAGAGGAUGUUCGGCUUCGUGACCUUCGUGUACCCGGAGACCGUGAAGAUGAUCUUGGCCAAAGGGAACCCCCACUUCGUCUGCGAUUCCCGAGUUCUUGUCAAGCCUUACAAGGAGAAGGGCAAGGUCCCCGACAAGUACAGGAGGAAGCAGCAGCAGCAGCAGCACGCUGAGAGGGGUGAUUUCUCUGCAUGCACGACUCCCACGGCCCUGGACGCCAGGGAUGCCUAUGACCUUCAACUGCUCGGAGCAAGGAUGUUGUACAGCGGCGGCGGCGGACAGGAGCUUCUGCUGAGAAGGAAGCUAGAGGAGCAGCAUCAGCAAGCAGCGGAGAUGCAGCGGGCCAUUGAGCUGCAAGGGAGGCGAUUCAUGGGCCUCCAUCUUGACCUCAGCAACAGAGGCCUCUCCUCCUCAGCCCCGGCCUCCAUCAACUCCCCCACCAUCGCAGCCGCCCAAUCUAUCGGUAAUGCAGAUGGGAGCAGUAAUGUCAGCAGCAGCAGCAGCAGUAGCCAGGAAGGAUCACCAGCAGAGGAUAAGAAGAGCCUCAGUGCUGCUGCACCAGAAGAGAAGGUGAACAGUGGCCAUGGCCUACUCCAGCAGAAGGCAGGGCAGGAGCAAUCUGCUCGUGAGGCGAACCCCAAUGAAGAUGGUGGCUUCCAAGAAAGCGCCGAGCAUAACUUGCCCGAUAGCCCCUUUGCUUCACCACCGACGAAAUCCCCGUUCAUGCCCGACUCGUUCUCCGCCGGUGAAGACAUGAGCACUUGCUGCAUCACAAAUAAUAGCAGCAGCAGCAGCAACAACAGCCACCUAAUUGCCUCCACACUGCUGCCCACCACUUCGUCACUGGACGUGCCCUCCUUCAGUAGUUCAUGCUUCUUCCAAAUGCCAAGGUUCUCCUCGGGCCAUGGAGCCGUCGGAAUGUAAAGGUGAAGAAGCAGCCGAGGGGAGCGAGCGAGCCCUGACCAUCAACGUAACACACCCAGUAAAGCAAAAGGAUAGUGGAACACAGGAAAAGAGAAGUUGCUGAACGGUCCAAGGUUUAUGGUUCUUUUCACUUUCUUUUUACCGAAUAGUAGUUUCCAACCUAUAUGACCAGCAUAGGAAGAAGGCCUUCCAUUGUCUCUCCCUCCCCACAUCCCUUCAUCCACAGUAGGCCUUCCAUUGGCAAGGAACAGCUGCCAAUCCAUGAGUGAGCUAUCAAUCACCCAAUAAACCCAUCCAUCCAUCCAUUCAUCAACUACUACUACUGCUGCAGCUGCUACUGCUGAUGUUGCCAUUGCCACCUACUAGUACUAGCUAGCUAUAGCUCCCCCUCACCACCCACCAAGAUACGUAACAAAUCCCCCAUACCAAGUACAGACAGCAAACAACAUUCACAGAAAGCUGGACUGGUUACGGUGAAUGUAUAGGCCAGGAGAAAGAAAAAAGAAAAGAAGAGCUGCAGCAGAGGUGAAGAAGGACCACUGGCUUAUGAGGAGCAAAAGCAAAGACUUGGAGUUGUACAUGCAUGCAUGCAUGCAUGCAAGUCCGCCCUGGUCUCCCUCCCUCCCUUGUCUCUCUCUCUCUCUCUCUAUCUCAGAUAUCCUGUCCAAUGGCUUUUAUUUUUUUUUUUUGUUCUUUGAUGAUCCAGUGUAGGCGACAUCAAUAUAGUAGACAGAGAAAGGAUUCACAAAAAGUUGGAAUAAUUUCAUCUUCUUUUCUCUUU